AUGUCAUCUCGAACCGUCUGGAGAAGCUUCCAAACCCAAGCCAGGAGGCGAUUGGUCGUUCCGGAGACCCCCUACCGCUGCUUCUCCUGCACCCGACGCGCCCAGGACUCGCCCAAGUCGAACGAUCAGAAUCGCAUGACCCAUUUCGGCUUCCAGAAUGUCCCCGAAUCCCAGAAGGAGUCGCUGGUGGGUGCCGUUUUCAGCUCGGUUGCUUCGUCCUACGAUGUGAUGAACGACAUGAUGUCGCUGGGCAUCCACCGCCUGUGGAAGGAUCACUUCGUCCGUUCCCUGAACCCCGGGUCCGCGCUGCCCUCUCGCGAACACGACACGGCCGGCCGCGGUUGGAACAUUCUGGAUAUUGCCGGCGGGACGGGCGAUAUCGCGUUUCGCAUGCUGGACCACGCGACCAACAUCAACCACGACAACCAGACCCGCGUAACGAUCGCCGAUAUCAACCCGGAGAUGCUGGCGGAGGGUCAGAAGCGGAGCGUGCAGACCCCAUACUACAACACAGACCGGUUGUCGUUCAUGCAGGGCAACGCGCAGCACAUGCCCUCGAUUCCGGACAACUCGGUGGAUCUCUACACGGUGGUGUUCGGCAUCCGCAACUUCACGGAUAAGCAGGCGGCGCUGAACGAGGCCUUCCGGGUGCUGAAGCCCGGGGGUGUGUUCGCGUGCAUGGAGUUCAGCAAGGUCAACAACCCGCUGCUGAACACGGCCUACAAGCAGUGGAGCUUCAGUGCCAUCCCGAUGAUUGGCCAGCUGGUGGCGGGUGACCGCGACAGCUACCAGUACCUGGUGGAGAGUAUCGAGAAGUUCCCCAGCCAAGAGGAGUUCCGCGGCAUGAUCCAGAAGGCUGGGUUCAUGAUUCCGGGGCGCGGGUACGAGGAUCUGACGGGAGGAAUCGCCGCCAUCCACAAGGGCAUCAAGCCUCUCUCCUCGGCUUAGACGGGGGGGGGAAUGGGGAGGAAUUGUUCUAGAAGAUCAUGUACACUAGCCAAUACCAUAUUGACAUUCGACACUGUAAUAUUAUUUGGGCCUGUUAUUGUCAGGGUAUCCG